CCUGCCUCCUACCUAGUAUAUAUCUGCGGCCCUAGCGGUUAUAUUCCAUCGUCACGUCUAAUGCGCCUCAUCCGGUCCUCGCCUUUUUGUAUUCGGAUACCCCAACUUGCAACAGCUGACGCCGUCAAGAUCUACUGUUUUUGUUUCUUUUGCGAGGCUUUCUGAUUUACUCCAAUCUUCAUACCCCUUUUCUCAAUUUUGAUACCCUCUUCUUUAUUCUCUCUGUUCUCCCUCUCCUCCAUCUCCCCGAAGACCCUCUGCUCGUCACCCACCAGCUCCUAGACCUUCUCGAUUCUCGGCGGAAUUGCGUCUAGAGCAACAGAGAGUUAUGCAACCGACCGGGGGUGAAUCAAUAAAGAUAGGAUUCGUGCCAAAGUUCAGAGUUGUAUCCGUGUCAGCUGUUUCGCCUCUCCAGGCUCUCACGGCGUCCAUCACCCCGGACGAGCAGGGCAGGCGUCCGUUCAGAGACCACAUGGCGUCCUUGAGGAAAUCCGAGACCGCUGCCGGCCUCGACUUGGCAGUGACCCGGAAGGCGGAGGAGAACAUCUCUGAUGCGUUCCGGACCCUGAUCCGCGCCGGGUACACCAUCCAGCCGCCCAAGCAGCCGGGGAGCCAGGGUGACGGCGGCUCGGCGGCUCAAAAGCAGAGGCCGCCCAGCCGGGAGCUAGAGCCCCAAGCAAGCAAUGGUGAGAUGGCCCAAGAGCCGGCGGCGGCGGUCGGCCAUGCAACGCCAGUGGCGGACUCGCCGGAGCCUGUGGGAGCGGCUACUAGAGUUGAGUUGGCCGAUCCAAGUGAAAACCGGGAGAGGAAGGAAAGGCUUGCCCGAACACCCUCUCCACACUGGGAAAGGGGCCGUGGGCCGGUUGCUUCCUUGCCGAGAGCCCGCCCGCCAGCCCGGCCCUCCUUCGACCAGGCCGUCCCUCAGCUGCACGGCCCGUCGCCGCCGCUCACCCCAAAGGACAGCCCGGGGCUGUUCUGGCUGGAGCCCGAGGUGCGCGUGCAGAGCCCGCUGCAGAUCCCGGGUACAGUCAAGGACGAACGCCCGUCCGUGUCUGGGCCUGAUGACGCGCACAGCCGCUGCUGUACCUACGCCUACUCGGGGCGGGAGAGCGGCGGCCCACGCUCCGCGCGCCAGGACUCGUCCCGCCGAUCCGUGCGCGCCGCUGCCAGAUCACCCGAGGAUAGGGGGUCUCGCGCCGCACGAAUGGACUCGUUUUGCUCGGUCUGCUCCGACUUUUCCGCUGACCGUCAAGACGGCGAGGUCAAAAGCGACAUGCUCACCAUCGACAUCGGCCUGGUGUCUAGCCUCCUCGCCAUAAUCCAGGACUUCGUCCCCUCGGCGCACAGCUACAGCGGCGACGUCCAUUCCGGGGGCUCGCUCCUGCUCAUGAGCCUCCUCACCACCAUCAGGAAGCACAUCCCCACCGGCCCCUCCGGCCUCAGUCCCAAGUCUGCGUCCCUCCGCCUGCUCUCGCGCCUCUUCGGCAUACUCCAGCCCUACAUGCCCGAGGACGGGGCCAGGCCCAAGAUCACGGUCGGCGCCAUGCGCGGUCUGUUGGGCGACCUCCUGGCGGCGAUCCGGGACUUUUGCCCCGACGUCGACCCCGAUCCGGCCGAGCUGUUGUCGGCCGACUGUGGGCGCCGCCGCCACCGCCGCCGCCGGGAGAUGUCCAACGAUUACGGCGAGCCGGUCGAGCCGCCUCGGCACCGGCCCGGUCGCUCUCGGGACCGCCGCCACAUCAGCGGCGGAUGGACCCGCCCGUCCUCACCGAGGGGCAGCGGCCGCUGCCCGUCUCCCAAAAGGGGCAACUCUUGGAGAGACAGGCGGGCGCCUCCUUAUCCCACCGAUUCUCUCACGCUGCUUGGUUCCCGGCACCGGUUCGUCAUGGGUCCCCAAGAUUAUGUAGAGAGCCGCGGCAGCCUCGGAGACGCGCUGCCCCCGCACCACAUCAUCCGCGACUCGCGUCACCUGGGCCUCUACCUCGGCGCCUGCGACUACGUCGUGGUCCUCGGCGGCGGCCGCGACCAGGCCACCCACAGUAGCCAACCACCCAGCUGCAGUGUCGUUUUCGUGCCGGCCGGCGAGGAGUGGAGGGUGACAGGGCUACUACAUGGCGGCACCGAGCGGGCCCGCCCCGUCGUCGGCGCCGCCGAGCUGGCCGCCUGCCUCGGCGCGGCGCUGUCUACAGUCGUCGUCGGCGAUCUGGAUCUGGACCAGGCCCUAUUGCCCGGCCGCAGAUACGGCGCCGUCGUCGUGCCGACGGGGGAGGAGUGGCGCCUCCGCGCGUGGGACGGGCGGCCGCCGCCUGCCUACCACGCCGGGCCCGAACGCCGCCACCACCACCACCGUCAUGCCGUCGCCCGGGACGGAUGGGGCAGCAACAAUGAAGAUUUUGGCAACUUGGCCGACGCCUUCGAGGGUGGUGUCGGGUCCGAGUAUUGGAUUCUGGGACAUGGGGCACCGCAGAAGUGGGAGGAUACUCGGCAGCACCCUCGCUGCGACAGGGCUGGGCAGUGCAGCGUAGCUGGGCGGUGCAUGGCUCUCAUUUGCUUUGCCUUGAAGCACAACCUUCAUGACAGAGAAGAAUCGGCUAUGCCAACACACCAGACUGCCGUUAUCCGACUUGACACCCCCGCCACCAACUUGACGUUUCCGGAGCAGACGGAAAGCGAGGCCGAAUUGGGGAAUGACAGGCACCGGGCGCCCGAGACUCCGGGUGUAGCUGUCAGAAGAUAUGAUCAAGCACAGGAGCUUAGCAUGCCCCCAUCCGGAAGGUCGGCAGACAUCAGAAAAAGGCACAGCAACACGGCCUGGGUUCGUUAUUGGCCCGUCGGCAGCGGACAUGCGCGCGCAAUCAACGCUAGCCCCUGUUAUUCUCCUGGCCUCCAUGCUAUAGGUUGUGCCCCCCGGCAGCACACGCCCGCCGGUCCCUGGGGCGUGUUCCUGAACAGCACGAAUAGGGAGAGCGGCCGGCAUCAGGGCGGCCUGGGGAGGGGGCACGCGCAAGGCGCUGUGAUCGGGGCGUGA